AACAACAACAGCUUCAGAAACCUCAACCUAUUAGACCUGAUAUUCACUCACAGACUUGCUUCUGUCCAUCCUGCAAAGAAACAUUCAGCAGAAGACCUGAUCUCAAGAUGAAUACAUCCAGGGGUGCAAUAAUGGGGGGGAAGGUGAGGAUGAUUCAAAGGGCCUUGUUUGGAGAGGGAAACCCUGAAACUCAACCUCUACAGAGGGGGACAAACCAACCUCAAUUCUUUCGAUCACAAUCUCUACAAAGUUGGACAAAUCAGCCUCCGGUCCCACUCCCCCGAACGCGAUCUUUACAGAAGGCCCAAGUCAAUAUGCUAUUCAGGGAGCCCAGAAACAAUAGCGGCACCCCUGAAUACAAUGCUGAGAGUGUUGCACAACAUUUUGAGGAGAAGCUAGGAGGAUCUGAGGUGUUGUGUGACUUCUGUGAUGGAAGAAAGCAGAAAGCUGUGAAAUCCUGCCUGACAUGUCAAAGCUCUUACUGUGAGACUCACCUGGAGCCUCAUCACAGAGUCCCACAUCUAAAGAAACACAAACUGAUCAAUGCUGUGAAAAAUCUGGAGAAUUAUAUAUGCCAGAAACAUGAGAGACCUCUGGAGCUGUUCUGCAGAGAUGAUCAGACAUGUGUGUGUCUGUUCUGCACUGAAGGAGACCACAGGAACCACAACACUGUUCCUAUAGAGGAGGAGAGUCAACAGAAGAAGAAUCAGCAGGUUCAGACACAGACAAACGUGCAGGAGAUGAUCCAGAACAGAAUGAAGAAGAUUCAAGAGAUCCAGCACUCAGUAGAGGAGAGAAAGAGGAACACAGAGAAAGAGAAAUCAGCCAGUGUUGAGCUCUUCACUGAUCUGAUCCGCUCCAUUGAGAGCUGUCAGUCUGAGCUGCUGAAGAUGAUGGAGGAACAGCAGAAAGCAGCAGAGAAACAGGCUGAAGAUCUCAUUAAAGAGCUGCAGCAGGAAAUCACUGACCUGAAGAGGAGAAACACUGAGCUGGAGCAGCUCUCACACACUGACGAUCAUCUGCACCUCAUACAGACUUUUUCUUCCCUAUACAGCCGUCCACACAAGAACUGGACUGAGAUCAGUAUCGACUCUGAUGUGAAUGUGCUCCCUAUGAAUAGAGCUCUGACACUAGUGAAGAAAACUCAUGAGACACUAAGUAAAAAACUCAGUCAAACUGCGUUGAAGUGUGCACUGAAGUUUGCAGUGGAUUUGACUCUGGAUCCUGAUACAGCAAAUCCAUGUCUCAUCCUGUCUGAUGAUGGAAAACAAGUCAGUCAUGGAGACACUGAGCAGGACGUCCCAGAAAACCCAAAGAGAUUUGAUGUUGGUUUGUGUGUUCUGGCAAAGGAGGGAUUCAAUUCAGGGAGAUUUUACUAUGAGGUGCAGGUGAAGGGAAAGAGUCAAUAUAGUGUAGGAGUGGCCAGAGAAUCCAUUAACAGAAAGGGGGAGACCACACUGACUCCUGAGGAUGGAUUCUGGACUGUGAUUGUGAAGAAUGAGAAUCAAUAUAUAGUUUUUGAUAAUCCAGUGGUCAUGUUCUCUCUGAGAUUAAAACCUGAGAUUGUGGGAGUGUUUGUGGAUUAUGAGGAGGGUCUGGUCUCUUUUUAUGAUGUGAGGCACAGAUCGCAUAUCUACUCUUUCACUGGUCAGACUUUCACUGACAAACUCUGUCCUUAUUUUAGUCCAGGCGUUAAUGAAGGUAAAAACUCAAACCCACUGAUCAUCUCACCUGUCAGUAAAAAAAGAAUCAAUUCUUGUAGAAGAUGAAAAAGAUGAUAUAUGUUGCCUUUAAAACCAGUUUGAUUUUCCAUCACACCUAUAUUCAGGUAAUGUGAUACAAACACUGGACCAUGAAAACCCUAAAUAGGAUUUUCCUUUUCAAAAAUGGAAACUUAAUGCUGUAAAUACUGACAUAAAUUUUUAACUUGAUAUGCUGACUCUGCGGAAGCUUUAGAGGUCAUGGAUUACUGUUAUUUUUAUUUCUUGUUUUCUCAUAAUAACAACCUUCUUAUGAUCUUGACAAAACAAAUGCUGUUUUUUUUUCUUUUUUCUUUUCUAAAAAAUGAUGCACUGAAGUCUACUGUUGCUAGAAUAAUGAAAGCAACUUCUAAGCACAUCCGAUUAACAAUGAACUGUGUGUUCUUGUAUGUUGUACUGUGAAAUAUGUCCAUAGUUUGUGUAGUUGUGUUCUACAUGUUAACAUGGAAUUACAUGCAAAAUGUUGUGGUUCUUGGUUUAUAUUAGAAUAAAUGUAGCUAGAAUAAUGAAAGCAACUUCUAAGCACAACCGAUUAACAAUGAACUGUGUGUGCUUGUGUGUUGUAUAUAUUUCACCAAAAAAAUUGCUUUGCUCAAUAGUACAGUCUGCUAUAACUUUACAAAAUAUUGUUCAAUACAAAAACUGUGAAAUUGUGAAAUAUAUGAAAUAAUAUGAAAUAACUGUGAAAUAUGUCCAUAGUUUGUGUAGUUGUGUUCUACAUGUUAACGUGGGAUUACAUGCAAAAUGUUGUGGUUCUUGGUGUAUAUUAUAAUAAAUGUAGCAUCUGA